AUCUGUGUAUUGUAAUCUUGCAUGCAAACAUGCAAACCACCACCAAGGAGGAAUAUGCGCCUCUUUCGCCUCCCGGGCGGGUUGGCCUUCCCCCCUCCCCACCACGCCAUCCCUGCUCCAGCGCGCCCAUGUGGUGGGCAUCGCAAACUAGAGCAGAGCAAGGCAGAGGCAGAGGCAGAGGCAAGCAGGCCUUUCCAUGCAAAACCAUCACCAUCACCACCACCGCCGCCGCUAUCCUGAUGCUUGCUGCCGCCUGCAUGAUCCAAACUCUUCCUCCCUCCCCCCUAACCGUUGCCAACCCACCGCCAUCCAUCCAUCCUUUGAUUCUUUGCAUACAUAGUCGCACUCCUCCUCGCCGUAAAUCAACAAAACUAGAUUCAAAACCCGCAGUUCUAGUCCCCGAGCUCUGAUCAUCCUGCAUCCGCUGUCCAACGGCAGCCAAGCCAUUUCCUAUUGCGUUUGUUCGUUCGUGCCCUCGCUCGUUCCUCGACCUCUUUUCUGCGUUAUAUACUUACGUACGGGCCUACAUAUACAUACAUACCUAUAUAGAUUACAGCCUACACGCACUACUUCCUCCCCGCCCGCCCCCCAAUCGGUGCGCUUUUCUCCACCUUCUUGCUGCUGUAAUUGCUCGCCGCCUUGCUCGCGACGAGUACUAUCAUCAUCACCAUUACCACGCAAACACCAGCUAGCUCAAUUAUUAGAGAUUGACUUGACUGACUGCCUUGCGCCCUGCUCCCUGCUGCUGUCGCUUCCCAACUCAUCCUGUCCAUCGAUUAUUUGUCUCGCGUCUCACACACUUUUGUCAACUCCAACUGCUUGCGGUCCAGGGUUUCAUUUCUGCCUGCCCUUUGCUUGCUUGCUUUCCUUUCCCUUCCUUUCAUUCAUCUCCUUUUCCUCUCCUUUCACUCGCCCCUCUCCAGCCUUUUGCUGCCGACGCCGCCGCCGCCGUUGCUGCUGUUGCUGUUUCUUCCCGCGCAUCCCUUUCACUCCACCUGUUUCUCCUCUGCGAAUCCAUCGCCUUGUUGUUUGGGUUCAAGCAAAGCUAAUCCGGAACUCCUAGCUUGUCGCUGUCCUAUACCGCUGCAUGACUCGGUUGGCCCAUAAACACCCGCGACCCUUGAUUCUCUCCGCCGCGCCAACAUCGACACCCGCUUCCACAUCCUUAUCCGCAACCGCACCUGUCUUGUCCUCCCGUUCAUGGCCGCCGGUAUAAUGUGUUUCGGCAAGAAACCCGCAGACCCCGAGAGUCGUCGCAAUGAGGAGAUAGAGAAGGGAAUCCGGAAUGACCGUCGGAAGCAGGAGCGCGAGGUGAAGCUGUUGCUGCUCGGCGCCGGUGAAAGUGGAAAGUCCACGGUCCUGAAGCAGAUGCGAAUAAUAAACGCCGGCGGCUUCAACAAGACGGAGCGCAAGCAAUGGCGAGCAAUCAUCUUCAACAAUCUUGUCUCCGCCUUUCAAACCAUCUUCGCUGCUAUGCAAGAGCAGGAGACCGAUUUUGAGGACGAUGACAACUUGCGAUUCGCGGAGCUCAUCGCUGCCGACCCCGAAAUUGCCAUUGACGAGUCCAUGCCCCAAGAAUGCCUCCAGGCUUUCAACAGCCUAUGGGCGGACAAAGGCGUGCAGCUGUCCAUCUUGAAGGGCAAUCAAUACGCCCUGCAUGACAAUCUGAGCUACUUUUUCGCCGAGGUUGACAGACUGUUUUCAAAAGACUAUCUACCCACAGACCAAGACAUCCUUCGAACUCGGCUGCGUACAACAGGUAUAACAGAAACAAUCUUUGAACUGGGCAAUCUCACAUACCGCAUGUUCGAUGUUGGUGGCCAGAGGUCUGAGCGUAAGAAGUGGAUACACGUCUUUGACAAUGUUCAAGUUGUCUUGUUCCUCGUCGCCAUCAGUGGUUACGAUCAUGUACUUGUGGAAGACAGGAAUGGCAAUCAAAUGCAUGAAGCCCUCAUGCUCUUCGAAUCCAUCUCCAACUCGAAAUAUUUCGAAAAGUCAGCGCUCAUCCUGUUCCUCAACAAGAUCGAUCUCUUCCGAGAGAAGAUUGCAGGGGGUAUGAGCCCCAUCAGCAAAGUCUUCCCAGACUACACGGGCAAGCAUACCGACAUCGAAGCUGGUCAGGAGUUCUUCGCAAACAAGUUCCGCAAUCUGGUUCGCCAACCGAAGAAAGAGGUCUACGUUCACUACACCAACGCUACAGACACCGAUCUGCUUAAAAAGACCAUGGCAUCUGUGCAAGACAUGAUCGUGCAACGUAAUCUCAACGCCCUCAUCCUAUAA